UAAAUAAAUGUAGCCACACUAGCUUGGGGGAUUUGAGGUGAGACAUCGAAAAUACUAAGUCAUGGUGAGGGCUGGAAGACAAAAGAAUGAAUCACUUCAUAGGAAUGGCUGUGGGGAAGUGCUUGAAGGAAUCAUCCUCUGACUUCCACGUGAACCAUGAACAUUAAACAUGGAGAAAUGAGGAGCGGCAGCAGAUCGGUUUGGGAUGCAUCUUCAGGGGAUGCUGAAACAACAACAGCAUUUGGUUUGCUCUACACCCCUGUCACCCCUCGCCCGCAAGCCCAGGGAGUGGUCAGCAGUGGUGCUUUGUGAUGUCGAAGCCACCCUAGGGCUGCCAUUGGCUGGGACACUGCCUGUAUGAUCAAACAAAGCUCAAGGGUGUGGCCUUGCCUUGUCACCAGGAGGGUAUAUAUAGGGAGGGCAAGAGCUCUGGACCACUGGGAAGAUUCAAAACCUACACAAGCCCACUGCAGCCAUUGAAGAACCAAUAUAUACAAUGAACGAACAACCCAGUGCCAGCGGGGUGAAGAGGAGCGUCCCCUGUGAUUCCAACGAGGCCGGCGAGACGAUGCCGGAGACCCCAAAUGGGGACUCAGACCCUCAACCUGCUCCUAACAAAAGGAAAACAUCUGAGGCCUCCACCACAGUAGUGGUCCGCUACAGGAGGAACGUUAAAAGAACAUCUCCAGGGGAAUUGGUGAAUGACCACUCCCGAGAGAACGGAAUCAACCCCCUCCAAAUGGAGGAGAAGGAAUUCAUGGAAAUAAGGGUUGAAACACCUGCAAAGUAGCAAGAAGCUACAUGCGUCAACCUUGGCCAAUGAAAAUAAAGUUUGAGAAGCUGA